AUGUAGUAAUAAUCAGAAAUUGAAAAUUUUUAAGUCGAUUGGUCUUAAGUAAGUAAACCUAAAUUGAGUGAGAAAAGAUCAAAAAAAUAAGAAAUAAAAUAAAAUAUAGAAACAGAAGUUAAUGUCUUUGACAGAAUUUAAAAUUGUUUCAGAUAUAGGAUAUCAACAUUGAUUAGUUAAAUGGGUAAACCAUAAUACUAUUGCAAAUUUGAUCCAAAAUUAAAGAAAACAGUAUAAUCAAAUAGCAACUAAAAGAAAAAUUUAGAAGAAUAAUUAAUUAAGAUUGCUGCUUAAUUAGAAUUAAGUUGUAGAUUCAUCACAAGAUCAAUGUUUUAAAUAACAAGAUAACCUUUACUAAAAUCAAUGGGAAGUACAUAUUAUAAAGAUAUUAAUUAGUUGAUAUAAGAAGUAUAUUAAAUAAGGCAAUGAAUGAUAAAGAAUUUUAGAAAUUAUAUUUAGAUUUAGAUGACUAAAGUGAAGAGUAAAGAAAAAAAGAGGAAGAAACUGAAAAAAUAUUGGCUUCAAUAUAGCCUUUAUCAGAACAUGAAGUAAGAGAUGAGAUUGAAAAAUUGAGGAAAAAAAAUAAUUUAAAUAAAAAUUAAUAUUUGUAUGUGAUUUAAGGAGAAUAUUUUAAUGAUAUGAAAACUCUGUUUAAUUAAUUAGGUAUAGAUAUAUAUAUAAAUGAAUUAAAUUAGGAUGGGUAGAAAUUUAGGAUGUUUACACAUAAGUUUAUGAUUUUAAAUUUUGUUAUUUAAAGAAAUUUUUGCAUAAACCAAUUCCUGAAUAAGUUGUAAGUAGAUUUGCUAGUACAAAAUUAUUGACAACAAAGUUUGGAUUAGCAAGAUCAUUAAAAAGUUGUUAUAUUUUGGGAGGAAUAGAUUCUAAUACUUUUUUUCCUAGAUGUUAUGAUUUAAGUGAUGAAGGUGAUUUUGAAGAUUUUUUGGAAGAAUAUAAAUUUACAUUUGCUGAGAAUUAUUUAAAAAAGAAUCCUAGAGAUGAAGAAAAGAUUUAAAUAGCAAUAAAAUUAUUAAAUUAUAGAUUGAUGCCAAUAUAAGAUAAAAUAAAUAGAAUAGUAUAGUUUACUUUUUAUUUAGACUGGUGAUGAAUAUCCAGUCUGCACCCCAUAAUAAUGGUAAAUUUUAUACAAGAAAGGAGAACCAAAAUAAGAAAUUGUAUAAUUUACUAAUCCAAAUCUAAUGGAAUAAGUAAAAUAGAUUUUGUAAAAUGUUGAAAAUAUAGAUCCAUAAUAUAAAAUUUCAAAGGGAGAGAAUAUAUGGGUUACAAAGCCUUGUGGAUUGUCUAGAGGAAGAGGAGUGAAAUAUUUUAAAGAAUUGGAGGAGAUACUGGCUUAUACAUUUGGAGCUAAAGAUAUGAAUUUCGUAGCUUAGAAAUGCUUAGAAAAUAUAAUGACAAUUUAAAAGAGAAAGUUUGAUAUAAGAUAAUGGAUGAUUGUAUCAGAUAUAUAACCAUUAACAAUUUGGAUGUAUAAGGAAUGUUAUAUACGAUUUUGUGGUGUCGAAUAUAAUACAGAGGACUUAAAAAAUAGGUAUUUAUAUUAGUAAAAUAAAAUAAAAGAUAUGCUCAUUUAACUAAUUUUAGUGUGUAAAAACAUAAUGAAGAAAAUUAGGAAGAAAAAUUAAUGAUGAGUUAAGAGGAAUUUAUUUAAAUAUUAAAAGAAAGAGGAUUUGAUUUUGAGAGUCAAGUUAGACAAAAAUUCAAAAAUAUUAUUAUAGCAACAAUGAAAUCAUGUUAAAAAUCUAUAGAAAUAAGAAAGAAUACUUUUGAAGUGUUUGGAUUAGAUUUCAUAGUAGAUGAUGAUUGUAAUCCUUGGUUAAUAGAAGUGAAUGCUUCACCAACAUUUGCAUUUUCAACUCCUGUUACUGAAAGAUUAAAUACUAUGGGAUUAACAGAUUUGGGUGAAUUUAUUGUUUAACAUGUUUAUAAUAAAACAAAAAAAAAGAAUUAUGGUGGAUGGGAAUUAAUUUAUAAAUAAAAAUUAUGA